AUGGCCAAGCUCACUUUGCUUACCGGUCUGGUCCUCCUGCUGAACGCUCAGAUAGGCACUGCCUAUGUGCUGUCAUGUUACUUCACCAACUGGGCCCAGUAUAGGCCUGGCCUGGGAAAAUUCAUGCCUGACAACAUCGACCCGUGCCUGUGCACUCACCUGCUAUAUGCCUUUGCUGGCAUGUCCAACAAUAAAAUUACAACUUACGAAUGGAAUGACGAGACCCUUUACAAAUCCUUCAACGGCUUGAAGAACCAAAACAGAAACCUGAAGACUCUGCUGUCUAUUGGAGGAUGGAAUUUCGGGUCAGACAAGUUCUCCACAAUGGUUUCCACGCCCCAGAACCGCCAGACCUUCAUCAAGUCCGUCAUCAAGUUCCUGCGCCAGUACCAAUUUGAUGGGCUUGACCUUGACUGGGAAUACCCCGGCUCCAGGGGCAGCCCACCCCAGGACAAGGGUCUCUUCACUGUCCUCGUUAAGGAAAUGCUGGCAGCAUUUGAGCAGGAAGCCAAACAGGUCAACAAGCCCCGUCUCAUGGUCACUGCUGCUGUUGCUGCUGGAGUUUCCACCAUUCAGGCUGGCUACGAGAUUCCUGAGCUUGGGAAGUACUUGGACUACAUCCACGUGAUGACUUAUGACUUCCACGGCUCCUGGGAUAGAAACACUGGGGAGAACAGCCCUCUGUACAAAGGCCCAGCUGACACCGGGGACUACGUCUACUUCAAUGUUGAUUAUGCUAUGAAUUAUUGGAAGAGCAAUGGUGCCCCAGCAGAGAAACUAGUUGUUGGAUUUCCAGCAUACGGAAAUACCUUCACACUGCAAAACCCAUCUGACAAUGGUCUUGGUGCACCAGCAUCAGGCCCUGGGCCAGCUGGACCUUACACACAGGAGGCCGGGACACUGGCUUACUAUGAGAUCUGCACUCUCUUGAAUUCUGGAGCCACCGAGGUUUGGGAUACCCCCCAGGACGUGCCCUACACUUACAAAGGCAAGGAAUGGGUUGGCUAUGACAACAUCAAGAGCUACAAGAUCAAGGUUGACUGGCUGAAGAAGAACAAUUUUGGAGGUGCUAUGGUCUGGGCUCUUGAUCUGGAUGACUUCACUGGCACUUUCUGCAAGGAAGGCAAAUAUCCCCUGAUCACCACCCUGAAGAACGGACUUGGUCUGCAAAACAGCGACUGCGUGUCCCCGCCUCAGCCCAAUCCUCCCAUCACUGAAGCUCCUAACCAGGGAAGUGGCAGUGGGAGCGGGGGCUCAGGUGGUGGCUCUGGUGGGAGCGGUUUCUGUGCUGGCAAGGCCAACGGCAUCUACGCAGAUCCAACCAACAAGAGCAACUUCUACAACUGCGUUAAUGGUGAAACCUUCAUGCAGACCUGCCAGAACGGUCUCGUCUUUGAUCCCAGCUGCUCCUGCUGCAACUGGCCAUGA